AUGGACAGCUUCAAGGCGCAGCUGGCGUAUCUACUGUCGUUUCUGCUUCUCCUGCCGCAAGCCACAGCGUUUUACGUACCUGGAUACUCGAUAGAAACAUAUCAAGACGGCCAGCGGAUCCCUGUACUCGUGAACAAGAUCUUCUCGGACAACUCACAGCUUCAAUAUGCCUACUCUGACCUUCCCUUCGCCUGUCCGCCUACCGGUAGAACCGGGGGCGGUCACAGCGUCUCCCUCAACCUGGGCGAGGUACUGCGUGGUGACCGCAUCAGCGUAUCCGAUUUUGACCUGGCAAUGGGACAAAACAUCGCCUGCAAACCGCUCUGCACCCGCGAGAUUGGACGGAGACAGGUCAACUGGGCGAAGAGCCUGAUAUCUGACGGCUUCGUAGCCGAGUGGAUUGUGGAUAACCUGCCCGGCGCAACUAGCUCCAUGACCGUUGACAAAACUCAAAAGUACUAUACCACCGGGUUCAAGCUAGGAUAUCAGGCUAUCUCGUCUGCUAGCAAGAGACCCAUGUACUUUAUCCACAAUCACUUUACCUUCGUUAUUCGGUGGAGAGAUGCACCCCGUCGUGACGGGCGCAAGGUCAUCGUCGGCUUCGAGAUAUACCCCAAAAGCAUCGAUCGAGAUGACAGGAAGCAGGACGGAUGCCCCAAGGAUGUGCAUACCGCGCACCAUGGACUCGAACUAUACCUGCAGCCUAACAACACACGUCUGGCCCAGCAGUACCCGGGCUCAUCCUACCUACCAGAGGAAGACGACGAGGUCGACGACGGCGCCACCCUGUCCGUUCCAUAUACAUACUCAGUCUUCUUCAAACGGGAGGACAAGGUCGAGUGGGCCAACCGAUGGGAUCUAUACCUAUACAGCCACCAGGAUGGUACGACUACACACUGGCUCUCCCUUAUGAACUCCCUGGUGAUAUGCGGCACCCUGGGCAUCACCGCCCUGGUCAUAUGGCGCCGUACCGUGUACGGAGAUGCCAAAGGUCGAGGUGACGGUUUACUAGAAGAUGGCAAAGCUAGGCUUCGCUCUCGUAAAUCUAGUGGCACCACACUGAUGCUAGAUGAGAAGUCAUCUAAUGGCCUGCUUGAUAAUGGUGCUGUCUCGGAUGAGGACCUCUUAUCUGAGGAUGAUUUUGACGAGGCUUCGUCGUGGAAACGGCUUCAUGGUGAUGUCUUCCGGACGCCCAUGUAUAGCGGUCUCCUAGCACCGUUUGUAGGGUCGGGAAUGCAACUUCUCUUCAUGGCCGCAGGGUUGCUGAGUCUAAGCUGUCUGGGAGUGUUGAACCCGAGUUUCAGAGGCGGCUUCAUCAGUGUCGGUGUCGGUCUGUUCAUUUUUGCAGGUGUUUUUUCUGGAUACUUCUCUGCACAGCUAUACCGGGCUUUCGGUGGAUUGAACUGGAGGAAGAACACAUUCAUAACUGCGCUUCUAUUCCCGGGCCUCGUCUUUUCCAUAAUUUUCGUUUUAAACCUAUUUGUCUGGGCCCAGGCGUCAAGUACAGCUCUCCCGUUCGGAACGCUGAUCAGCCUCCUAGCUCUCUGGCUUCUCAUCCAGGUCCCACUCGUGUACGUAGGGAGCUGGUAUGGCUAUGAGAGAACGAAACCCUGGAAUCAUCCAACUCGUACCAAUGUUAUUCCUCGACAGAUCCCUCUCCAGCCAUGGUACUCCGGAUCCCUCAGGGGAAUCCUUCUUACUGGGUUUGCUCCCUUCGCCACCUUGUUUGUGGAAUUGGUCUUCCUAUUCCGCAAUCUCCUGCAGGAUAAAGCUGGGUAUUACUAUGUAUUUGGCUAUCUAACUAUUGUUGGCCUUCUGUCACUGAUUUCCAUUGCUGAAAUGGCCAUCAUCACAACCUACACUCUACUCUGCGCAGAGAACCAUCAAUGGUGGUGGCACAGCUUUAUGGUUGGUGGAAGCAGCGCAGUCUGGGUCUUCAUGUACUGCAUAUGGUACUUCUUCACAAAGUUGCAUAUCCGGGGGCUUAUCUCAAGCCUCUUGUUCUUCGCCUAUAGCUUCCUUGGAUGCGUUGUGUAUGGCUUAUUAACGGGCACAGUCGGCUUCCUAGCUGCAUACAUAUUCGUACGGCGGAUAUAUAGCUCUGUCAAAGCCGAUUAA